ACUUAGUUCUCUGGAAGCUUGGUGCUUGGUAAACUGAAGUGUAGCGGAAUAAAGUGGAAUUUGAAUGUUGGCGAACCUCUUCAGUACUUCUUUAGCUGUUCGUAGAAGCCGACAGAGUCCCUCGCCCGCACGGCCACUGACCGCAGUUGGUGCCCAGCCAGCGAAGCGGGAGCCAUGCCUGUCCCCGCUGGAUACCUCAGCGACUCCCCCGCCGCGGCCUUUUCAUCCUCGGCCUCACUUAUCCCGCCACCACCGAUAAACACUCAUCAACCCGGUGUUGUCACCUCGCUCCUGUACAGCGGCUCCAAGUUUAGGGGCCACCAGAAAAGCAAAGGGAACUCUUACGAUGUGGAGGUUGUUUUGCAGCACGUCACAAUGGAGGAUUCUUACUUAUGUGGCUACCUGAAGAUUAAAGGACUGACAGAGGAAUAUCCAACGUUGACCACGUUCUUCGCUGGAGAGAUCAUUAGCAGGAAGCGGCCAUUCCUCACUCGGAAGUGGGAUGCAGACGAGGAUGUGGAUCGUAAGCACUGGGGCAAGUUUCAGGCCUUCUACCAGUAUGCAAAGACAUUCAACUCUGAUGAGUUUGACUAUGAGGAUCUGAAGAGCUCUGACUAUAUUUUCAUGAGGUGGAAGGAGCAGUUUCUCGUCCCUGACCACACAAUCAAAGACAUCAGCGGCGCUUCCUUUGCUGGAUUUUACUACAUCUGCUUUCAGAAAUCAACAGCAACAAUUGAGGGCUACUACUACCACAGAAGCUCUGAAUGGUACCAGUCUUUAAACCUCACCCAUGUUCCCGAGCACAGUGCAGCCAUCUACGAGUUCCGGUGACCCCCGCCAGCACCGUGGAUUGUUUAAAAAAAAAUUUUUUUCCCUUUUCUUUUUUUUUUUUUUGGUUCAGUGACUUGAGGCAAAGCAGAGGUCUGCAGAUGCUACUGAGAAAGAGAAGGAAACGGACAUGGGAGGAUAAUUUGAGCUUCUGUAAAGUACAGACUCCUAACAUUCUCUUUAAAAGUGGAUGAGCAGCUGAGGAUGGGCACACAGGACACGGGACAGAUGAAUGUAUGUAUGAGGUGAAAACAGAAAGAAGGAGCAUGCAGUUCUGCUCCCUGGAUUGAGCUUUUGAAGUGAGAACCAGCAGCAGAGACUGAGUGUGGUUCUUAUAGAGUAUCCUUUUCUUCAUUUGUUUUGACGUCUGGUUUUAUAAAAUGCUUGGCCCAGUAUAUUGAGACACUUUAUAAGCCUUAUUGGGAAUUCCCCUUUUUGGUUUGCGAAUAGGAAAGUUUCCAACUUUUAUCCAGUUGAGAUGGAAUGAGCAGCGUAAAUGGAUUAAACUGCUGUUGGACAAGGAUUCCUCUGAGGAGUCUGCUAUUGAAAACAUAACCUCUAAGGGAGUAAAUCACCAAGUCUAUAAGGAGGGAAAGCAAGAGUAAAGUAAAGGUUUAUUAUUACAGCUCUUUUGGCUUGAAAAGGCUAGAAAGAGUAUUUUUAAGCUAAGCUAGUCUGCCUGUUGAGAGUAUAUUUUCUUAUUUCACUUGAUAAUGGACAAUGAGUGACAUUUUUAAAGGUUACAAUCUGAGAGACACAAAACAAGCUUUUCCCCCCAUACGCUCAUGAAAUUGCUUUGGAUAUUGUUACAUAGGAUUGCUGUGGAUUUUCUUCUGUUGAGUUAUAUUUGCACAAAGACUAUAUGUCAUUAAAAUACUUGCAGAAAGGAUACAUCACAGUACAUGAGCAUCGAGGUUUAGCAGUUUGUGUAGUUUUAUUGCAUGGUGGGUUUAGAGCUAAAACGAUAUCAUGAAAGUAUUCAACAGUAUUUUCUACCCCUCACUCUUUUUACCAUUUGUGUUUUUAGUUAAGAUCCCCACUACCUUAUGUUCAUGUCCCCUCAACUAUGCAACUCUUUAGAGAUAGCACUGUCCAAACAAAGGACCCUGAGGUUUCAGGGGCAGAAAUUGUAUCCAAUCCUUAGAUUCUAUUUAAAAAACAAAAAGAGAUUUAUCUUCAUUUAAAAUAUUUUUAUUAAAUUGUCUAUGAUAACACUCUUCCCCAAUGAUGUUUCUCUUCCAUGUGAUAGUGCCAUGUUUUUAAAGCUUGCCAGAGUUGUAAUAUAACAGAUCUGAAGUGUGUUUGUGAAUAAGCCUGGAUCUGAUCGAUGGUGUGACUGUAAAGAGUGGGUUGUGGAUUUAAGAAAAAAAAAUCAUACCAAAAC